ACAGAAAGAAAGGUUGCUAAAUCUAACAUUUUCUUGUCUCCAAAAACUCAACUCACUGUGCAUUAUUUCAUUUCUUCCCCACAAAAACAAACCCAAAUUUCAGAAACUCUCUCUCUCUCUCUCUCACUGACUACAGUUUGGAUUGAGAAGGAAUAGAAAAAAACCAAUCCCAUCAACCAGCAAAAAAAAAAAAAAAAACACUUAGUUGUUCUACCUUUUAUAGAAAACCCCAAACCAAUAUCCUUUCAACUUCACAAAUCUACAACCAAAAAAAAAAAAUCUCUCAUUUUUCAUCUCCAUCUACAUUUUUUUUAUAAAAAAAACAUUCAAAAUCCCACCACCAGAGAGAAAGUCCAAGAAAGAUAACAGCUUUCUUGUGUAGUCUUCUCAGAUCUUGUUCCCUAUCUCAUAAAAAAUCCAUCUCUUUAUUUACCCUUUUUUUUUUCAAAAAAAAAAACCUCUUCUUGUUUGGUUACAAUCCCAAUAUCAUACAGGCCUAUAAGAAGAAGGAGAAAAAAAAUUAAAAGGGGAAGAAGAAGAAGAAACCCUAGAAGAAUCUUUGAGCAAGGAACAGUCUCCUCCUAAAGAAAAAAUCAAAUCCAAAACAGAGAGAGAAAAAAUUAGGGAUGGACUUCUCCAGUGGUAGCAGCCAUAAUAUCAUCAUCAACAACAAUAACAACACCAUCAACCACCAACAACCUGCACCAACCUCCUCUUCAAGCAGCAGAUAUGAGAAUCAAAAGCGUCGCGAUUGGAAAACUUUUGGUCAAUAUCUCAACAAUCAUCGCCCCCCGCUUGCCCUCUCACGUUGUAGCGGAGCUCAUGUUCUUGAAUUCCUCAGGUAUCUAGAUCAAUUUGGAAAGACGAAAGUGCACACGGCUAUUUGCCCUUUCUAUGGACUGCCGAACCCUCCAGCGCCGUGUCCGUGUCCUCUUCGGCAGGCGUGGGGGAGCCUCGAUGCGUUGGUUGGACGGCUUCGAGCAGCUUUCGAAGAGAAUGGUGGGAAACCAGAAGCCAAUCCAUUUGGGGCUAGAGCAGUGAGAUUGUAUCUACGUGAGGUUCGUGAUUUACAAUCGAAGGCAAGAGGAAUUAGCUAUGAGAAGAAAAGAAAACGCCCACCUUCUCAAUUGCCUUUAACUCAACAAACAACUCAUGGUGCAUCUUCAUGAAAAAAAAAGGUGCAAAUUUUAAGAAAAGGAAAGAAAUUCCUUAAUUGGGUAUUGCUCUAAACCUAUUUUAAAAACAUGGGUUUUGUUUAAAUUUUAAAAUUUUAUGUUUUUUUUUUUUUUAUCUUUUAAUUUCCUGAAUAAGUUUAAGGGUUUUCACUCUCUCUACUACUUCUGCUAGGGUUUGGAAAAUUUGAAGCAUUUUUAUUUAAUUUUUGCUUUGAUGAAUAAAUAUUUUUUUCUGAAAAAGUUUCUAAGAAAGACUGUGUAAAGGUGUAGAUCUCUGCUUUUGAUGCAAAUACUAGCAGUGUUACUAUUUGUAAAUUUGUACUCUCUAGUAAUAUUCAUGUAAUAUGCUUAUUGAACACCAUGGUUUAUAAUUUAUAUUUGUCGAAUUUCUCUUUC